AUGUCUCCGUUGGAGGAAAAGGCGGCGUUCAGAUUCCUUUCGCUGGGUGCUAUCGUCCAAGAGUUUCGCGUGGCCGGCCAUAACAUCGUGCUUGGCUUUCCUACAGAGCAGUUGUAUCGAAAGUACAAUGCUCCCUAUUUUGGAGCUACCAUCGGCCGCACUACUAACCGGCUAAAGGACGCGACCAUUGGUAACGUUAAUGGAAGAUCCUACAAAGUGACCACUGCAAGAGGUCCCCACUCCCUUCAUGGAGGAAGAGACGGAUGGAAUGCUAAACUUUUUGACGGUCCGAAUACCGUGAAGAAACAUGACAGGGAAGGCUUUGAGUUCAAAUAUCUGAGCAGGCAUGGUGACGAAGGAUACCCCGGGACAGUCGAGCUGAGGGUUUGGUACUCUGCCACUGAGGAAGUAGAGGAGGGUAAGCCGGAGAAAACUGUUCUGGAGGUCGAUUAUGAAGUCGAGUUUGUGGGCGAUGAGUGCGAAGAGACUGUCGUUGGGGUAACGAAUCAUAGGAAAGUUGACUAUCCCUAUUACUUCAAUCUUGGUGAAUGUCCGACGAUUGAGGGGACCGAAGCUGUACUGGAAACGGAUAAGUACCUCCCUACAGACCCUGAGGGUAUCCCCACCGGUACGAUUGAGCAUUACACUGCAACAGAAGUCAAGAAACCGUUUUUCUUGAGCGAGACGUCUCCGGAUAUUGACGAUUGUUUCGUCAUGGAUACCGACCCGUCGUCGAUCCCUUUAGACACUCGAACUCGCCCCAUGAAACUCCUUGCUUCUUUCAAACAUCUGACAACGGGCCUUCAUCUCGAGGUCCAUAGCACGGAGCCCGCCUUUCAGUUCUAUACUGGGAAGUAUAUCAAUGUGCCCGCAGUGCGUGGAAUGCCAGCCCGUGGCCCGAGGUCAGGGUUCUGUGUAGAGCCUAGUCGUUAUGUCAACGCUCCAAACAAGCCGGAAUGGAGAGUAUUUGCUCCGAGUUCGCCUUCCGAGGAUGAAGAGCAAGCACGAAAGCAAACAGUCAAUACGAGUACAAGCUGUACUGGCCCGAGCUUUUCAUCGGCGGGUUGUAAAGGGCUUCCUCGCAGGAAACGUGUCUUAAAACCGUUAAUUGUCCGAAGCUCUCUGUCGAAAAUCUUCGCGAUCCUGGUAGCUGAUGCGCAAUUCAAUCCUCGCCGUAUCCAGCUAUUCCGGCGUUCAUACGGUCAACAAGAUCGAACCACGCUGAGCAGAGGCUCACGCUCAGCUGAACCGAAUAGCGCUCGUCACUCCGAGCCCCCAGUCAUUCACGGAUCUCGGGACCCACCAACCCCCACGAUGUGUCGGCAGCUUUACAAUCAACAUUCUUGCGACCACACGAUUUUUGUUCGCACAAAGACCUGUGGCAAAAAACAAUAUUGUCCCGUGAUAUCGAGGGAGCCGACACGAGUGCAUUAUAUCUGUCAUCGCUGCGCGGCUACAAUAUUGAUGAGCAUGAGAAGCGAUAAUCAGAAGGCGAUGUGA